AUGAGUCUUGAUGAUAUUAAUAUACUUGCAGAAGAAAUUAAAAAUACACAUAAACUUUCUAAAGAAGAUAGAAUUUAUUUAAAAAACAUAUAUAUAAAAUUAAAAAAUCCAGUAUUACCACAACAUGAAAUUGAAGUCUGUGCUGGAUCUCGUUCUCCAUCACAUGUAGAAAUAGAGAAAUUUGAACAAAUAAUACCUAUUAAAAGAGGAUGUUAUAAUUCAGCAGAGGAUAAAAUAAUUACUAGAAACUGGAAAGAAUUUUGUAAGUUGCAUAGGUGGGAUCCUAAAAAAUGUGAACCAUUUUUACUUUUAAGAGACAAAAAUAAACCACGUAUUCGUAGUAAGAAGGAAAGAAAGAAAUUCGUGCAGUUUUUAGCAGAUGGUUUGCCAAACAGAACUUUAUACAGUGUAUAUCACAGAUUUAGAAAUUUGUAUGCAGGCCACUUUCAGAGAAGGUUUUAUCCAGAAGAAGAUAAAAUGAUUUUGGAUCACUUAGAACAUAAUGAAAAUCUUGAUCAGAAGAGAAAAUAUACAGACUUAGCAAAAGUUCUAAAACGAAGUCGAAUUUCUAUUUGGCGCCGUUACAAAAUACUCAAGAAAAAACGUCAAAAACAGAAAAAUUACAAAAUUUUAUAUACGAUGAAUGAAUUGUCGAGUGGUUUGUCUAUUUGUGAUAAUUCUUAG